UAUAAUGUCACUGUCAAAGUCACCGCGGCGGGAUAAAUAAACAGAAAACGGUUUUGAUCCGUAUUGAAUUAUUGAAAUUCAGAUAUACAAUUUCACUAGAACUUAGCCAAUUUAUACAAAAAUAUAAUAUUUCUCAUAUUAAUAUACCCUGUAUACUGUACAAGUGUUAUAUUGAUGCCAUGGCAAAGUCGGAGUCUACCACAAGGAAUAACGUUGAUAGUCUUAAUGUCGAUUUUAUGCGAUCUUUAGUAAAACAAUACUCUGAGUUGGGUCAAUGGACGAGUGCAUUUUUUUGGGCAGACGCAGCAGCAGCGUCAAGUGGUUCUGCAGUGGCAAGUGGAGAUGAUAUAUGGUUGCUAGCCAGUGCUAUGUUAGCCCGAGGUGAGCUGCAUAGAGCUGCACAUGCUGUCACAUCUAGAGGAUUACAUAGGAGGCAUCUUUUGUGUCUCGGUGUUGCGAUGCGGGCGUACAUAGCAGCCAAGGAACCUACCACUACCCUAAACUUACUUGAGGAAUGUGAUCCUGCUCUCCUCGACCCGAGAAGUAUGGACCAAACACACAACAGAGCUUUAGCCGGUGUAUUAGUAUGGCAAGCGCGGGCGUUAUCCUCAUUGGAAAGACGCGAGGCUGCUGCAGAGGCUUUGACAGCGGCUUUAAGGGCUGACUGCGCUUGCUACGAAGCCCUCGAUCUAUUGCUCGAACAGCAUGCACUUACACCUAGUCAAGAGAGUGAGCUGAUCGAGUCAUUGCCGAUCAACAACCAGAUGAGCGCGUCCGAGGCGACGCUGCUGCGAGCCGCCUUCCGCGACCGCCUGCGGAGAUACGCGCCGCUGCCCGUACAGAUGCACGACGACGGCGUGAAAACGGCCGUGGACGCGGCGCGCGCGCGCAGCGCGGCGGCGGCGGAGGCGCGCGGGCGGCGGCUGGCGGCGGGCGGCGGCUGGGCCGAGGCGCUGCGCGCGCUGGACGCGGCCGGGCCGUGGAGCUGCGCCGAGGUGCGCGCCGCCUGCCUCGUGGAGCUCAAGCGGAGCGCCGAGCUGUUCGCCUUCGCGCACGCGCUGGUGGACGCCUACCCGCAGUCCUGGACGGCCUGGUACGCGGUGGGCUGCUAUUAUUAUUUAAUCGGUAAGAGCGAGUUCGCGCGGCGCUACCUGAGCAAGGCGUGCGGGCUGGAGGCGGGCGCCGGCUGCGUGUGGCUCGCCUACGGACACAGCUUCGCCGCCGACAACGAGCACGACCAGGCCAUGGCGGCCUACUUCAAGGCGAGCCAGCUGAUGCCGGGCUGCUACCUGCCGCCGCUGUACGUGGGCGUGGAGUGCUCGCUGCUCAACAACGUCAGCAUGUGCGAGCGCUUCAUGGCCCGCGCCGCAGCGCUGCACGGGAACGCGGAGUCGGGCGACGCGUGCGACGGCGACGCGGACGCGGACAGCCGCGGCUGGGAGCGCAUCGCGCGCGGCGUGGCGUCGCCGCACGUGGCGCACGAGGCGGGCGUGGCCGCCUUCGCCGCCAACCGGCCCGACGCCGCGCGCGCGCUGUGGCUGCGCGCGCUGGCCGCCGCCGGGCCCGCCGAGCGCCUCGGCCCGUGCUGGGCCGCCACCAUGGACGCGCUGGGCCACGCCAGCCGCGCGCUGGGCCGGCCGGCCGAGGCGCUGCGCUGGCACGCGCGCGCGCUUGCGCUGCGGCCGGCGCGGGCCAGCUCGCUGGCGGCGCGCGGCCUGUGCCUGGCGCUGCUGGGCCGCGAGGCCGAGGCGGCCGACGCGCUGCACGCGGCGCUGGCGCGCGACCCCGACCACGUGGUGGCGCUGGCGCUGCUCGACGCCAUCGUGGACCGCCUCGACGCCGCGCUCACGGAGGAAGAAAUCCCGCAGUUCCCGUUCCCCGCCGUGACGCUGGAGCCGCCGCCCGAGCGCGACCCGUCCGACGGGCCGGCCGAGCGCGCCGACCGCGACGUCUCCGACAUGAGCAUGAGCUUCGACUGAGCCUGUUCUUAAGAUAGCCAACUCUGCAGACUUAGUGUCCCUCUGCCCUCUGACCCCAGUUUUACAAUCUGCAUUUUUAAAUGUCACUUAAGAAACUUGUUUUUCUAUGAUAACUCAAAAUUAGUUUUGUCUCUUAUCACUGUUUCAUAUACCUAGUUGUCUGUAGGCAUUUUCAAAAUGAUGCUUAUUAUAAUUAAGAUUUCUUCUAAAAUGUCUUGUAAUUGACCAAACAUUAAAACAUCUUAUUUAUUUAUAUUUCAUAUUAACAUUUCAUUUGCUACGG